AACGGUCAUUCAACGUUGACCAUGACGUUGAUUCAACAGUGACUCAACGUUGAAAUGCCAUUUGGUACAUGAUUUCAACCAAAUAUCAACGUUGAAGGUCGGUCGUACGCCAGUUGGGACAGUAUCAGUUACACCCAACACUACACUGAGAAAAAACUAUAGUUUCCUACAGAACACAUCUCCAAGAGCACGAUUUUCAAAACAUCAUUAAACAGAAGUGAGUCUCUGUCUAAGCUUGCUUUGACUCAAUGAUUGUAUUUUAAUACAUCUACAGCAGCCGAAGAAAACUAAUUUAACAUUAAAAUAAAAGAGUCAAAAGCUCAACUAAAGCAAACACUGAUCACAAUAAUGGUGAUGUUUGUGGGCACAAAAGUGAUAUUGAUUCAGUUCAUUAACAUUCAGGACUUAUAACCUGACUUGGACUCGCCUCUCUUGACUUGGGACUUGAUUGGGACUUGAAAACAAUGACUUGGUCCCACCUCUGGUAAUAAACAAUUAAUGGAAAUCACAGCAGGAACACUAAAAUAACAGUAUUAUAUUGUGCAAAUUAUAAUGUCUUUUACAGUAAUAAACUGUUGUUGCAGAUUACAGUAGGUAUGCUGUAAAAUUACAGCUAUGUGCUGGCAAAUAUAGCUGCCAGUUGUUUACUGUAGUAAAGUAACUUGAAUAAAUCUAGAAUAACAAGUCAGACAACAAAUAUUGUGAAAAACAGUUUACAGCUGUGUGAUAUGAGUAGAUUGUAGUUUCAGUUUUCAGUCAGUGAGCAGGUGAAGAUGGAGAUGGGCAGAAAAAUAAAUCCACAACAUCCAGAAUGUGAGACCAAUUCAUCUGAUCUCAGGAUUGUGUUGUUGGGGAAGACUGGAGUUGAAAAAAGUUCUGUAGGAAACAUGAUUCUGAGCAGAGAAGCGUUUAAAGAGAAGAGCAGAGUGAGUGAAGUACAGAGAGGACGAGCAGACGACAGAAACAUCUCAGUUAUUGACACUCCAGGAUUCUUCAGCACUGAACUGACUGAUGAAGAUCUACAGAAUGAAAUGAUGAAGAGUCUUUCUCUCUCUCAUCCUGGUCCUCAUGUCUUCCUGCUCAUAGUCAGACCGGACGCAUUCAGAGAACGUUAUGUGGAAAUGAUUGUACAAAAGAUACGGGAGAAUUUUGGAGCGCAAGUGCUGAAGUUCACCCUAGUGCUGUUUAUUAGAGAUCAAAUGUCAAAUAAAGAAUGGAUGAUCUUAACGCUCAGUAAAAAAUGUCAGGAUCUCAUCAGUCAUUUUAGAGGAAGACAUCAUGUGAUAAACACGGCGAGUGAGACAACAGGCCAGAUUACAGCACUUCUGGAAAAAAUUGAUCAAGUUGUCAAACAAAAUAAUAACCAACAUUUCAACAACAAUAUUAACCCAAAGUCUCCAACACUCAAAAACGACGAGUUAAAAACAAUAAAAUGGAAAGAAAUGGAGUCUGAAGUAGAAUCUCUGAGAUACACAUUUAAGAAAAUGGGAGAAAAAAAAGAGACGGUCAACACAGAAGAUAUCCAGAAACGGAGGGAAAGCUGGCAAUCCAGUGAAACAAAAGAUGAUCUCAGGAUUGUGAUUGUGGGUAAAUCUGGAGCUGGGAAGAGCGCAACAGGAAACACUAUACAGGGAAGCAGUAAGUUUAAAGAAGAAAUGUCAUCUAAAUCUGUAACCAAGGAGUGUCAAACACAUCAGGAGAAGGUAGAAGGUAAAAACAUCUCCGUCACAGAUACUCCAGGACUGUUUGACACAUCAUUCACUAAAGAAGAACUGAAGAAAGAAAUAGAGAAGUGUGUCUACAUGUCAGCUCCUGGUCCUCACGUGUUUCUGCUGGUGCUGAGAGUGGAUGUGAGAUUCACUGAGGAGGAGAGAAACACAGUCAAAUGGAUUCAGGAGAACUUCUCAGAUGAUGCUAUGAACUAUGCCAUGGUGCUGUUCACUCGAGGUGAUCAGUUAAACAAACCAAUAGAAGAGUUUCUGGAGGAUGACAAACACCUGAAAGAUCUAGUUGAUAAGUGUAAAGGAGGAUAUCAUGUUCUGAACAACAAAGUUAAAGACCAAAGACAGGUUACUGAACUGUUGAAGAAGAUCCACACUCUGGUGCAGAAGAACGUAGGACAGCAUUACACCAAUGACAUGUACCAGGAAGCUCAGAGAAAAUUCAUUGAAAAACGGGAGAGAAAGAGAGAAGAAGAAGAGAAGAAAACAAAGGAAGGGGAGAAAAUGAUAAGAAAAGAAGAAAGAGAUCAGAUCAAAGAUAAAGUUAAGAAGGUUGCUUUAGGUGUGGGAAUGGGAAUGGGGGCAGCAGGAGCAGUUGUAGGAACUAUAGCUCUGGCCGCUACACCUGCGGUGAUCAUACCUGCGCUUUUAAUCGCUGGAGGUGUUGCUGUUUCAGGAGGAGCGGGUGGAACACUUGUGAUCGAUAAAGUCAAAAACACCUUCAUGCAAAAGAAGAAAACAGAAAACGCAACAAAAUCAACAGCAGCAACAACAGAAACAACAACAACUGAUAGUUAGAAUUGCUGUAGGAGAAAUGCUUACACGGUCAAUGACGUGACGCAUAAUUUUUCCGCCCACCAAUAUGUGAUUGGAAAAGAGAAAGUGUAAGAACGACCAUAUGUAAACAGCGACUCCAGUGGUGUAAGGUGUAAAGUCUGUAUAGCUUUGGCACUGGAGACCAGAGGUCUAAUCCACCUCUCGCUGACACUGUUAUUUACCUUUUUCUAUCACAUUACAGAUCAUAUCGGCAUUUGUUUUCAAUCAAAUUGAUUUAAGACUUAAACUUAAUUUUUAUUCAUAAAGUUUAUGUUUAGGUUUAGGUUAGGGGUAGGUGUAGGGCUUUAAUAUCUCAAUACGUUGCAUUUUUAUAAAUAUAAUGAUUUACACUCUUGUUACUAUUGCAUAAUGUUUAAUGCACAACAAUACUGAGGUGCAAAUAGUAACGUUAUCUACCAUUAUUUAUAAGUACCAAUAGCAUCUAACUAUAAUCCAGUUUACCAUUUACCAUUUUUAAUUCCAAAGGGUUAAAAUUUCUGAAUAAGUUUUAAAAUUACUUGCAUACAUUACGGAGCCCCCGAAGUGAAAUGGUGGGAGGAAAGAGAAAACUAUUUUUCAAAGCUUUUGCAUUCUCUCACAAAACUUUUGCUUUCCCCUGAGAAACAUUGAGUUCCCUUGCAAAACUUUUGCAUGACACUUUCUGUUUAAUGUCUCGCUGGCAGUGUCACAGACAACUCCGUACAUUAACAAUGGAGUGGUUCAUAGUUUCAUUUUGAACUUGGACUUGGGUGUGCUCAGGUAUUCUAUGUUAAAUGGUAUGGCCCCAGCAAUAAUAAUUAUUAUAAUUUCCAAUGAUAAUUCAUAAUUAUAAGAAAAAUGUGUACUUUAAAAGUGUUAUUUGAAAUAAUCCCAUCAAAGUCAUAUGUGUUUAUAGUGUCCAUUCAUGCCUGUCAAAUUUUAAUUUCAAUUGAAAUGGUGUAAUUGGACACAAAAACCAUUGGCGUCACAUCACUGACCCUACAGCCCUACAUCACUGUUAUCACACUUAAACACACAUCAAAAUAUAUUUCUCAAAACCUUUUUUCUGGUGACGGUCCAGUGCCUCAUAAUCAUAAAAAUCAAUAUAAUCAUAUAAUCACAUUGAGGAUGUGGUGAGGUGUGAGAUGUGAGGUGCCGUUAUUGACUAACCUGCUAAUGAUUCUUUACAAUGACAAAAGGCUUAACAUUGAAUAAUGUAAAAACAGGCAGGUAUGUAUUUGAGAUGUCUCAUGUUGGUAAUAAAAGAGUAUAAUGAUAUGCACUAAUCACAACAGGGUUGUUGUUAUAAAAUUCACAAAUCACACUCUUGAUGUUAAACCUCUUAAUGAUUAAAGGCUAAAUUGUGGAUAUUUGCAAAAGUUCUGAAAUUGCUAAAGAGAAUAUGAACAAAAUCAAUAACCAAGUGAUUUUAAUAUCUGCAUCAUAGUAGGCAUAUUGUUUAGUGUUUUUUUAUGGACUUUGUUUUAGUCUAAUAGAGAUCAAAUAAAACUUAUUUCUGUCAGUUUCACAAAGUCUGCACUGCACCAACUAAUCAUUAUUUACCUUAUUAAACACAACAUUUACAAAUAAGUUUGUGACUUUGAGCCAUUUCCAAAACUCUGAAGAAUUGUAUAAUUUAACCAUAAUAUUUUUUCAUUUAAAAUGAACAAAGCAAUGGACAAAAAUGUUUACUGAAGCAGAAUGACUAAAUCACAAAAUAAAUAAAUAAAGAGGAAAAAGUAAAUGAAGAGAUCAAUUAAGAUAACAAAAACAUUUUAAAUUGCAGUUGUUACUUUGUGAGGAACGUUUUAUCUUUGUUAAAUUAUCUUUGUUUUGUAAUUUAAUUGUUUUUUUUUCUGACCGAUUACAUGCAGUGCUCUCAUAGUACAGUUGGGGGUGCAUUUUGUCUAAUACAUUAUGAUUGCUAUAACAUUUUAUUGGUCCUUUAUUUUAUAUAAAUAUUUUUUUCAGGAGUGUCCUGUCCAAGAUGAGCAACAAUUUACAUUACAUUUACAUUAAAGAUUAUAGCCUAACUUGUUUGUUAGCAUAAUGAGGAAUCACCAGAUAAUUACAUCAGCUUAAAGUUCUAAUCAAAACCAAAAUUACAAU